CAGCAUCCCCACUCCCCCUCUCUUCUCUCACCCCCUCGACAAUGUUGCCAUGUGUUCGCUGGCUCCAGCCUCUGCUCGCCUUGCUCUCCUCUCCCUUGCUGACUUGGGGGCAGAACUGCCCAGCUAGCUGCCAGUGCCCGGACCCCCACACAGUGGACUGUAGCGGCCGAGGGCUGACCCGUCUGCCGGACUCCAUCCCCCUGGACGUCCGCAGGCUCCUGCUGUCCGAUAACUGGAUUCCCUGGAUCCCCUCUGACUUCCUGGUGCUCUACAGCGACCUAGUCUACCUGGACCUCCGGAACAACUCACUCUCCAGAAUCGAGCCGGGGACCUUGAGCACUUCUUCCAGGCUGGUGUUCCUGGACCUGGGCAGCAAUAACCUGACCGAGAUCCCCUCAGGAACCUUUGGGGAGUCCCGCAGCCUGAUCAAACUGCGUCUGGGGAACAACCCCUAUCUAAGCAUGGUCAGCGAGGAUGCCUUCCUGGGCCUCACCUCACUGCGUGAGCUGGAGCUGGAGCGCAACGCCCUCUCCGGCCUGGACGUGGGGGUGCUGGGUCAGCUCCCCUCCCUCAGGCUGGUACGGCUGGAGGGAAACCCUUGGGUGUGCAACUGUAACUUUGCCAAACUGUUUGCAUGGCUGAUGGAAAACAGUCACAAGCUUCCAACAGGCAUUCAAGGCAUGGAGUGCUCACUUCCUGUGGACGGGCGGCGUGUGGCCCUGAGCCAGCUCUCUGAGGACAGUUUCCGGGAGUGCCAGGUCACCCUCACGCUCACCGACUAUCUCAUCGUCAUCUUCUCUGGCAUCUCAGUCUCUGUGGCCGCCAUCAUGGCCAGCUUCUUCCUGGCUUCCACUGUCCACUGCUUCCAGCGCUGGAGCAAAGCCAACAAGACAGACGAUGAGGAGAGUGAUGCCUGAGAAGCCCCCUCCCCACCCUGGUGACCGCCCACUCCGACCCUCUGCCAGGACAUUCAGGAGAGAGGCAGAAAAGCUGUCCCACAAUGCUCUUACCAUGUGAAAUCCCGCUUACCACACAGGUGCCCCGUAUGAAUCGGUGUCGACCGCUCUGUCAGGUCAGAGUCUGGCCCAGAUGCUGAGAGGGGUGGACGUGGUGAGAACCACGCGAUGAGGACAGUAUUAAUAACGUGGACUGAUUCAUAUUGUUUUAUGUUUCUUAAAUGGGAGCAUGUGCCCCGUGAAGCCUGGGCCUUGAGAUUGAAGCUGCCAGUGAUUGGCAGCACAAAGUGAUUCUUGUGUGUCCUGCCUUCCAGCGCUGUAGUAUUUAACCGUCUUUUCAUGCGAGUGGUGGGAAGUGAGCAAGCAGCUGAUCUCAUCUUUCAGCUGAUGGUUCUUUUAAAAAUGUAAUCCAAGUCCAAGCAAGCCACAAGACAAUAAUGGUUCAGUAUUGACUGAAGGUGAAAAGUCUGCACUUUCUUUUUUUAAUUAUUACCUUCAGACAUGUUCCUGUAAGGAGUAUUAUGAAAAAGUAUUACCUGUCUGCUCUUUUUUUUCCAGACUGUGCCAGAUUUGCUGAUAUAACUCACUUUGGUCAUGAGAGAUUUGCACUGUAUCCCCAUUACCGCUGAUAGACAAUAAAUAUUCAUAACAGAGGACAAAGAGCAAAGCUGGCACAUUGCUUCAUUGAUUACUUUUUAUCAUUCUGUCCUUUAAAAUUCCUGCUGAUUGAAAAUAGAGAAUUGUGGUAGAUUCCAUAACUUGUAAACAGCUCACUUGGAUUGAAAUGGAUUUGCUCUGUCUGCUGUUCCAUAUCUUCA